AUGACUACAAACCAGAUGGUAGUGGCAAAACUUGUAGCUUUGCGUCCUAGGCCUAUUAUACUACUGAAGUUUAGGGUGGAUGGAAUUAUAUACAAUCCACUUGAUGGUGAAAUUCUUAACUGGCCAACUGGUCAAAUGGACGCUAAUCUUCAAAUGAUCGCGAAGAAGUAUGUUGACCAUGGAAUGCCUACUGAGGCAGCUCCGAAGUUUUCAGUUGAGAAGAUGGUCCUUUCUGAAGAGUCCAAGGGUGUGGAAUCAUUUAAUGGAAGGGAUUUGCUUGGUUGUUGCCAAAAGUGGAGUGAAUUUGAAUGCCUAAUUGCAACCCUUGAGUUCGAUCGUGAUAAGAAAUCCAUAGGUGUAAUUGUCAACUCUGUUUCAAGGGAGGAUUCAUUGCUAGCGAAGGGUGCUGUAGAAAAUUUUCUUGAGAAAAGCACUAAGGUUCAGUUGCUUGAUGGCACUGUUGUACCACUAGAUGAUAGCUCAAGGACCUAUAUCGUGCAAGCUCUUCAUGAGAUGUCAACUAGUGCUUUGAAACCACUAAUGAUGCGCCUGUUUUGA